GAUCUCGGGGUGGAGGGAAGCCCACCACCAGCCCAUUGCAAGACUUCGGUCCUGCUUCCCGGGCGGGGGCUCGGCCCUCCCUCUCUGGGGUGGCUUCCAGUGGACUCCCCAGAAGUGGGACGAAGAGGUGCAGCAGCAUGGGAGUUGGGGUUAUUGGUCAUAGGAAGGUGCCACUCACCCUCCCUACCACCACUUUGAGGGCAGCUCAUAAAGGCCGUUUUAUCUUUAAAGCACCGUUGCCCACCUUUUAAAGAACUCCUGAUCAGGCCUUGGAGUGUUCCCCAAGCCGCCUGGAUGAUUGAUGCAACUCUGCAGCAGAAUCGGGGCCCUGUUCAAACCUCCAGCCCUCUGUUUUUGUCUUGUCUUCAGAAAACAGUGGAGGAAGAGUUGGAGACGCUUCUGGAACAGCAGGGCACAAUUGAAAGCAAGAUGGCUACCCUGCAUCGCAUGGGUCCGAACUUGCUGCUGAUCGAAGGAGACGCCAAGCAGCUGGCCGGGAUGAUCACGUUCACCUGCAACUUGGCUGAGAAUGUCAGCAGCAAAGUUCGCCAGCUGGACCUUGCCAAGAACCGCCUUUAUCAAGCCAUCCAGCGAGCAGAUGACAUUUUGGACUUGAAGUUCUGCAUGGAUGGAGUUCAGAGUGCCCUGAGGAACGAAGACUAUGAACAAGCCGCUGCUCAUAUUCAUCGCUACCUUUCUUUGGAUAAGUCUGUCAUUGAGCUGAGCAGGCAGGGCCGAGAAGGCAGCAUCAUAGAUGCCAACCUGAAGCUCCUGCAGGAGGCAGAGCAGCGGCUCAAAACCAUUGUGACAGAAAAGUUCAAUAUGGCUACAGAACAGGCAGACCUGCCGCAGGUGGAACGCUUCUUCAAGAUCUUCCCGUUGCUUGGCUUGCACGAGGAAGGACUAAGCAAAUUCUCCGAAUACCUUUGCAAACAGGUGGCCAAUAAGGCAGAAGAGAACCUGCAGCUGGUGAUGAAGACCGACAUGACGGACCGCAGGGCUGCGGUCAUCUUUGCCGACACCCUAACUCUCCUCUUUGAAGGGAUUGCUCGUGUGGUGGAGACCCACCAGCCCAUCGUGGAGACCUACUAUGGGCCAGGCCGGCUCUACACCUUGAUCAAGCACCUGCAGGCAGAAUGCGACCGACAGGUAGAGAAAACUGUGGACAAGUUUAUCCAGCAGCGAGACUACCACAGGCAGUUCCAGCACGUUCAGAACAGCAUGAUGAGGAGCUCAGUGGCAGAAAAGAUUGAGCCAAGGGAGCUGGAUCCCAUUUUAACAGAGGUCACCCUGAUGAAUGCGCGGAGUGAGUUGUACCUGAGGUUCCUAAGGAGACGCAUCACUUCCGAUUUCGAAGUGGCAGAUUCUCUGGCCUCGGAGGAGGUGAAGCAAGAGCAUCAGAAGUGCCUGGACAAGCUGCUCAACCACUGCCUCCUGAGCUGCGCCAUGCAGGAGCUGAUCGGCUACUACAUCACCAUGGAAGAGUACUUCAUGCGGGAGACGGUAAACAAGGCUGUUGCGAUGGACACGUGCGAAAAGGGCCAGCUGACCUCCAGCAUGGUGGACGACGUGUUCUACAUUGUGAAGAAGUGCAUCGGGCGGGCUCUCUCCAGCUCCAGCAUCGACUGCCUCUGCGCCAUGAUCAACCACGCCAUCACCGAGCUGGAGUCAGACUUCGGGGAAGUCCUGUGCAACAAGCUCAAGACGGGCUUCCCGGCCACCACCUUCCAAGACUUCCAAAGGGGCGUGACGAGUGCCGUCAGCCUCAUGCACAGCAGCCUUCAGCAGGGCAAGUUCGACACCAAAGGCAUCGAAAGCAUGGAUGAGGCCAAGCAGUCCUUCCUGGUGACAUUAAACAAUGUGGAGGCCUGUAGUGAAAACAUCCUGACCCUCAAGAAGACCCUGGAGAGCGACUGUGCCAAGCUGCUGAGCCAAGGGUUCGGAGGGGAGCAGGCGCAGGCCAAGGUGGACAGCUGCUUCUCCGACAUGACGGGCGUCUCCAGCAAGUUCCGUGACCUGCUGCAGGAAGGCCUGAACGAGCUCACUAACUCGGCGAUCAAGCCCCAGGUGAAGCCCUGGAUCAACCUCUUCCUGUCUGUCUCCCAUAACAUCGAGGAGGUGAGUUUUUGGGUGGAAGCGCCUCCAAGCCGCUGUAUUCCCUCCCGUCUGCAGGCAGGGCUGUCGCCCGUCAUCUACGACAGCCUCUCCAGCCUGAUGACCAGCCUCAUUGCUGUGGAGCUGGAGAAGGUGGUGCUCAAGUCCACCUUCAGUCGGCUUGGUGGGUUGCAGUUUGACAAAGAGCUGCGCUCCCUGAUCGCCUACCUCACGACCGUCACCACCUGGACCAUCCGGGACAAGUUUGCUCGGCUCUCGCAGAUGGCCACCAUCCUCAACCUGGAAAGGGUCACAGAGAUCCUGGAUUACUGGGGGCCAAACUCGGGCCCGCUGACGUGGCGUCUCACCCCGGCUGAAGUCCGCCAGGUGCUGGCCCUCCGGAUGGAUUUCCGCAGCGAAGACAUCAAGCGCCUGCGCCUGUAGCGGCCUGGGCUGGGCAGGGGUGCCCUUCCCUUGGCCCCCAAAGGGCAUUCCCUGCCGGGCCGGCCCUCAUCCAAAAUCCCCGAGGCUCUUCCCCCCCCCGGAGUCUUGCCCCCCCGGGAGCAGGGGAGGUGCAGUGCGCCUCCCUCCUGGGUGGCAUGCAAUAAACAGCCCUUCUGCUGGC